ACUUCUUUUAUAAUCCCACAACCUCAAGAGGAGACAUCCAUUUAAUUUCAUCCUCUUCUCUUUCACUCAAACUCACACAGAAAAAAACAUUUUUUCAUUAGGGUAAACAUCAAUGGAGAUAGCAACAAAACGAGAAGAUUCAAGAAACCCAUCUUCCACUACUUCUUUAUCAGCUUCCUCUUCCAUUGUCAAUGGAUCUUUACAUCAUCAACACAUCAUAACCAGAUCUGAUCAUUACCCGACAACUUUUGUCCAAGCAGACACUUCCUCUUUCAAACAAGUCGUCCAGAUGCUAACCGGAAACUUCUCUCCGAGAUCCCCAGACUCGCCGCGUCCUCCGACGACUCCUUCCGGCAAAGGUAACUUCGUGAUUCCACCGAUCAAAACAACACAGCCGAAGAAACAUUCAGGAAACAAACUCUACGAGAGGAGAUCUAACAACAACAGUCUCAAGAACAGCCUCAUGAUCAAUACGCUCAUGAUCGGCGGCGGAAACGGUGCCGGAAGCCCGAGAUUCUCUCCGAGAAACCAGGAGAUUCUGUCGCCUAGCUGUCUUGAUUUCCCGAAGCUGGCACUGAACAGUCCCGUGACGCCGCUGAAACACGGCGGCGACGGAAACGACAGCGACACUUUUGACAGGAUGUCGCCAUUGUCGGAGGAAGAGAGAGCGAUAUCCGAAAAAGGGUAUUACUUGCAUCGGUCUCCGAGAGAAUCGGAGCCGCAGCUUCUGCCGUUGUUUCCGGUGACUUCUCCAAGAGUAUCGGCGUCGCCGCAGAAUUAAUCUACUUGAGGAGAGACGAGAGAGAAUGUUAAUAAGUUUUACUGCCACUGUAAUUUUCGUUUUUUUCUUAUCCUGCUCCGCUUUUUUAAUCCUCUCGCUUCGUUUUACUGUGUU